GGUGUAGUCGAGCGAAGCGGACGUUUCGUGUGUCUUUACGUCGGUCCUCGCAACGAUCUUCUACGCAACGCGAUCGUCUCGUAUACGAUGUCUAUUGAUUUCGUUCAAGUGAUUGUCGCGAUCCGUAAUCGUAUCGUGAAAUUGGACGGCGAUUUGCCGAGAUAGAUUACCGAGUAAUACGAAGUAAAAGUCGUCUGUUUAAACGAAUCGCACGCGGCGGUUCGUCGUGUCGCGUCGUAAGAUUGAACAGUGGUUGUGACGCGAUUAAAGCGGAAAGGAUCGGCUUUAGAAACGGGAGUGGAAAAUUCGCGAGUGUGCCGGAGAACAGCGUAGACAACGACACCUGAGAGGAGGCCACCCGAAUGGAGGAGGAGGAGGCCCAUACAACUCCGUCGCUGACCAAUUGCAAAAUCGUUUGGACUUGGCCGGGAUUUCGAUAUCUCCUUCAAUUCCCGGAAUUUUCGUGUCUAAUUAACACGCCGUUGAAAAAGUAAUAGUCGCGAAAUAUUCUGUAUAUUACAAAUAUAAGUCGCGACGAAUAAAAUAGCGCGCAAGGAUCGCUCAAUAGACAUCGCGGGCGGAAAAGGAGAUUGAAAAAUGAAAAUCGACGACGCACGUAAUAACCGGAAACGGACGCGUUCUACACUCGAAAUACACUUUCUUCCCGCGCGAAGGUGUCGUUUCAGUUUGAAUCCAAUUCUAAAUGAAAAGCGACGCGCGUCGACUUGCGCCUAAAGUUAACCGCGUCCCUCAAGAGAAAAGCAGCCUGUGUCGUUAUUCGUCGCUCAUUGCUCGAUAGAAACUCGCCGGGGACAAUAAUCUGUUACUUUGGUAGAAAUAAAGCAAGUCUCUCUUCGAACAAAAAGAGCGGAUAGUACAGAAGCGCGGGAGACGCUCGGCGUGCGCGCGCAGCGGGCCCGCGCAUGCGCGCGCGGUCACUCGCGUUCGUUCGAAUUCCACGGCGCAGUCGAGACGGUCAAGCGGAUCCUCCGAGAGUCGUUCCUCGCCGCGGCCGCCCACGGAUUCCCUCGUCCCCCGUGAUUCGUCGCUCGCAAUGUCGAUCAGGCCGCUGUGGCCGGACCUGCGGCCGCGGGCGACCGACCCGCUGUGGUUCAACGCCGACAGGCCGUGCGACGACGAGAGCGAGGUCGCCGCGCUCGAAGCCGAGCACCAAGCCUGGCGGGAUCACGUGCGGGUGCAGGGCUACGAGCACAUCCCGAUCGGGAAGACGGUGAGCGACUUCAGAGGCUCGGAGGGGGAGGAAGAGGAGGAGGAGGAGGAGGAGGGCGAGGGCGAAGAGGAAGACGAGUCGGAUACUCACGAGGAGGAGGAGGAGGAGCUCGACGAGAUCGACAUGGAAGUCAGUUAUUCCCAUCACCCGCAGAGGUCCAGCCCGACGGACACGGUGACCGCUCCCGUAUCCAUCCGGAUGGUCAACGCGUCGAAUCUGACUCGUUAUUCUUAAUCUCCGCGUGCCGAUUCGAAUGCAUAUACUUGUGAUGGCGUGUCUCGCCCAACUGUUUAGCGAAGUAAUAAUUAUGUAAUUCUAAUACUGAUAACGAAUUAUCUAUAAGUCCACCGGAUCUGUUGUACAGAUCGACGGCGUCAACGUGCGAAUAAUUAAAGGUCCAGCCGUGUUCUCUAUCCCGAA